AUGAAGAUACCGAACGGCAUCAUUUCAGAUGAAUCUCUUUUCCAAGGGCCUGUCUCCGAAGAGCCUGAGUAUAUCUCCGAAGUGCCUGAGCUUGUCUACGAAGAGCCUGAGCCUGCCCCGGAAGAGAUACCUGAUGAAGGAGAUAGCGAACAGUGGACCAUUCCCCAAGUGCCUGCUAAUGCCGACGGCUGGACGCGCGCUUCUUUGUUACCCGGAGUGGGGGAGUUUGUCUUCGAAGGAAAGGGCUAA